AUGUCUACUCAAUCUACCAUCGAAUCCGUGACUGCAAACACGCAUCUCGACGUCAGAAUCAUAUACACCAAAGCCGCUCGACACUACCUCGAAUUCUGCUCCAUACACCAAAACGACUCUCUCCCCAUCGCCAUAAAGAAGCUCAUCCGGCACCACAACACCUUCCUCUACGGCAAUUCGCAGUGGCUAAAGCAUCUCGACGUCUUCCGCACGGCAACUCUUGAGAUUGCUACACUUUCCCCCUACUGUGCUGAGUACGACGUCGAAGCACCAUCCCAUGAAGUCCUCAUCGAAUCCAGCACAUCCAACAAACUCCUCACCAGCGCAUGGAGUAAUCCGGAUAUCUUAUCUCAUCUCGAAUUCACGGACUUGAAUCUCGACGUGGUGACUACUUCAGUUGACACAGAUAUUAAGAAGGCUAUCUUGAUCAAGACCGAGCUAUCCCGUUUUGGUUUCUGCAUCAUCUUGAUGGCUUUCCUGGUCUUGUGUAUCGGUGGUGGUGUUGGCGUUGGGUUUGCGACUCACUCGAUGGACUUGGGCGUUUUGAUUGCUACUGGCCUCCCUGCUUUCGCUGUUUGUGGAAAUGGAUUGUAUAUGCGAGGUGUGAGGAGGGGAUAG